AUGUUGAAAAGAGGAUUAUGGUCACCUGAAGAGGAUGAAAAACUGGUUAAUUACAUUUCUACCCAUGGUCGCGAUUGUCGUUGGAGCUCCAUUCCUAAACUCGCCGGGUUACCUAGAAGUGGCAAGAGCUGCAGAUUAAGAUGGAUAAAUUAUCUACAACCAGGUUUAAAGAGAGGAAACUUUUCUUUUCAAGAAGCCAUGCUGAUAAUCAAUCUACACAAUAACCUGGGAAACAAAUGGUCAGAAAUUGCCAAACACUUGCCCGGAAGAACCGAUAGCGCGGUAAAGAACUUCUGGAAUUCCAACAUGAAGAAGAAGUUUCUUGCUGUUAACCAUGAAAAUAAAGAGAUUGGUGUUACUUAUGGCUAUGAUCACCCGCAAACAGUCAACGGUCAAGAUCUUCGGGUCAAUGGAAUGUGGUCAUUGAUCAAUCAUGGCCAAAAUAUUGAAACUGGUAUUAAUGUUGAUCUUCCUCCACUUCCACCGUCAUUCAUCGGUGAUUCAUGUCAUCUACCGAAUACUUUUGACUCGAGUUUUGGUCGAAAUUGGGAUAUGAAUCAUCUUACGAUGCAAUUUGAGUCAAGUGAAAUGAACAAUAUGGAGUUGAUUAGUGAUAAGUGAGAUCUUCGUGUUGAUUAUUCAUCAUUAUUCACUU